AUGGCGGACGCGUACGUGAGAGUCGACCCUCCCGUUAUCAAAUUUGUCGAUGUGAAAGUUGGACAAGUUUAUAAAAUUAAAGUGACUGCCACAAAUAUAGGCAAGAAGUUGAACAGAAUAACAUUUCAAAUGCCAUCCUCCAAGUUGUUUAAAUUUACACCAAGCAAAUCAGACGCGAUGGUGGUUCCGGGCCUGCAUGUCAGUGGUCUGUUGGAGUUCAGCCCAGAGAAAGAAGAGCAUGUCAGAAGUGCUCUUAUCGUUCAUACAGACAAUAGAACAAUAGAAAUCCCAAUUCAGGCGUUUCCCUUGAUGUGUUGUUUAUUAAUGAAUACAGUUGUUGAUUUUGGCUGUGUCGCUGCCACAAGUCAAAUUGUCAGCAAACAACAUAGCAUAAUAAACCACGGUUCUGCUCCAGGAUGGUUCCAGGUGCAGGAAAGUGAGGAUCCUUCAAUCAAAGUCACACCCAGCGACGGUGUAGUGGCGGCUGGCGCCACCCAAUGGAUUACAGUGGAACUGCGUACUGAUAUAAUGAGGGAAAUCAACUACGACAUCAUUGUAAAACUCCAGAAUUGCUCCCCUAGCAUUCUUAAAAUUAGAGGUAAAGUGGUGGACGAGCAACUGAUGAUUUUUGACUUGCAGGGGGUUCCUCUGUCCUGUUUAUGGUUCGGACCAGCCUAUUUUGGGACUUCUUGUGAAAAAACUGUGGUUCUGAGGAACAAUGGUCCCCAGGCUUGUGACUGGAUCUAUGUGCUACAGGCCUCUGUGUCAGGGACAGAGCCAGGUACAGACCUUCAGUGCAGCACGACUACAGAUGCUGCCCUGCUGGAAAAAAUGCAGAACUGCAGCCUGUAUUCUCCAGACAUCUCUCAGGUCUUCAUGUGCUCUCCAACACAUGGUCGACUGGGAGCUUAUGAUCAAACCACUCUAACAUUAUGCUUCAGCCCAAGUUGUAAGAGGUUACACAAAGAGAAAGAGAACUGUUGUCCAUUCAGACAAGAUUACAGCCUUUUCCUAUUGUUUGAGUCUGUGGGCAGAAAACACGGGUUCACUCACCAAAAUGGCAGCACUGGUGUGGAGCUAGCAGUUACAGGCUCUGGGUUUCCUGUGUCUCUUGUUCCGAGUCCUUCGCAAAAGUUUAACUUUCUCACAUGUGUCAUUGGAGAGUGCAUGGAUUUGCCCUGCGUCCUGCAGAACCUUUGCCCUCAGCUUCCUAUACACUUCAGAUUUCGCAAAUUGCCACAUUUUAGCAGCAAGCCAUCUGCAGGGAUCAUAGCUCCUGGGCAAUGCAAGAAUAUAGUUAUUUCCUUCAGUCCAAGGCAACAAGGAACUUUCCAGAUGCUUCAAAAAAUAGAUGUCCUUGGUCAGGUCAGGCAACAGAGAGGGUCUAGCCCCAGCAACAGGUUUGAAGGACUCCACCUUCGCCCAUUUCAUACCAUUGUCCUGCACUUGUCAGCGGUCUGUGGCAGCAGAACCACACAUCCUUUACCCCAGCUAAAUCCUGGCAUUACUCCAUUAGUUACUAACCCAACUGGACUGCAUCCACGGGUCCGACUGAGUGACAUCUCACUCUGUCGUGAGGUGGUGCCAGCUGCAGUCCUCAGUGCGGACAAGACGACGCUACACAGGCACCACAGAGAGAAGUCUACCAUCAGCAGAAAGCUAGAGUUUGUGGCUUUCCCAAAUGACAGAGCUCAAAGCCUGAGGCCUCCCACACCACAAACACAGCGCAGGACCAUCUUCACUGAUGUACCCCGCCAUUGUUAUGUGGACACCAGCUAUGCCUUUACUCAGCAGGAAAAAGAAAAAAGAAAGAGGAACCUGCAAAUGCAGCAAGGAAAAAUAGAGAACGAUGUGGAUAUUGGCCUUGAGCCAUCCCAAGGUCUUGUGCCUCCUAAACUUUUGUGCAAAGACUUUGAUCAACGAAGCACUUCUUUCUUUUGGUCCCAGAAUCAGUUGAACGGCAAAGACAACAAGGCGUCUAUCAAGUACAAACUCAUCAAAGAGGUUUCAGGGCUACUUAAUGCAGUUCCAUCUACAAGCCAGGAGAUGGCAGAAUGUAACAGGACCCUGACCAUCCAAGAGUUGUACCAAGUUGUUAUUGGGCCAUUGUCAGUAGACUUUGGAGAAGUGUGUGUCCGGUCAGUGUGUACUCAGACACUGGAAAUGAUCAAUCAUCUGUCCACACAUGUCUGGGUCCAGCUCGAGGUGGACUGUCCCGAGCUUCAGGGCUCUUCACCAGCCUCUUAUGUUCUCCCACCUCACUCACAAGCAGCACUAACCUUGACAUUUCAAACCUCUGAGCUGGGGGAGUUUUAUCGGACUGUGCCUUACACUAUGAACCAGAAGCAUCCUGGUCAGAUUUUGGUCCAGGCGCAGGUUGUUCCUGUUUCUUUGGAGCUGUCCACUGACUGGCUUGUGCUUCACCCCACUUCCACUUUGCUCGCUCGCUCAGGGUACAGGAGCUCAGUGACCCUUAGAAACCACAGGAACCACCCAGCUGAGUUCACAUGGAAACCAGUCAUCACAGACAGUGGGAUUCGGUUUUCCAUUCGACCAGCUUCAGGAGUUGUUGCUGCAUAUAAAGAACUGGACUGUGAAGUGGUGUGGCACCCCGCCUUCUCCUCCCCUGUAGAAGGAGAUUUCGACCUGAGUAUCCAUGAAGGAAACAAACUGCGUUUGCACUGUGUGGCCAGAGUUGGACGCACCACCGUUCAGCUGACAGAAAAGAAACAAGUGACAUUUGAAUCAGUCCCCCUAAAUAUGACCUCUGUCAGAACUGCAGUGCUGCGUAACACUGGUGCCAACCAUGCCUUCUAUCAGGUGGAGAAUGUCUGCCCUAUGCGAGGCAUGGUUAUGAGCCCAGCUGAAGGCAUGGUGCCGAGAGGUGGGCAGACUAUACUUAACAUCCACUUCAACACAGAUUCUGUCAUUAAGUUUGACACCAGAUUUGAGAUAGCUCUGAAAGGCUUGAAGUCUAUUGAGCUCACAGUGGGCGGAUCAGUGGAGAUUCCGAAUGUAGAGAUUAGCAGAUCCAGUUUCCAACUGUAUGGAGUCUAUCUUGGUUCCCAGAGCAGUGUGCCCUUUACUUUGACAAACCACUCAUCAGCUCCAGCCAGGGUCACCUUCAACUUGUCAGAAUAUACUGAUUUUUCUGUUCAAUCAACAGGCCUUUCAGCAGGUAUACCUGGUAUGCCUGUUGUGGAAAUACAGCCUAAACAAACUGUAAACUGCUCCCUUGUCUUCUGUCCCACUCAGGUGGCCAGCUAUGAUUUUGAGCUCCCCAUGAGUGUCAAUGGAAUGGUAUUUUCUCAUACCCUUCCGUCCCGUCCUUUUUCAUCAUCCACUUUCUCCACCUCAUGCACUUUGACAUCUGGCAGCAGCAAAGCGACCAUCCUGCCGAUCCCUCUGCCAGUUGCCAUAGCAACAGGUUCCAGACAUGUAGAGGCCACAGUGAUUCGUGCUCCAUUACAAAUGUCUCCUGACAGUAUACAUUUUAAUAUGACUUCUAUGUCUCACACUUACACUAAGACAGUUGUGCUAAAAGCUGAUUCUGAAGAAAACAUGUGCUGGAGUUCUUCAAUGCAGCCAGAUGUAAGUUGGUGGAUUGACUGCCAUGCAGCUGGAAUCUGUACUAUUGAUGGAGACGAGCCACUGUGCACAGUGUCUCCAUCCUCAGGGAGACUCGAGCCUGGCCAGUCCAUCUGUUUGUAUGUCAGCAUUAGAUCUGAGAGAUUUCAAAGAGUUCCUGGUGCAGUGACAAAACUGACCCUUUCUCUUUACCUGGGAGACAAGCAGCAGAAUGAGAUCAGAGACCAUAAAAAAAAAUACAGGGAGUUGUCCAUUACUGUACACCAUCUCCCCCACAUCACUGUGCACCCUCCGCAGCUCCUGCUCACUCCAGUGCCUCUGGGGUGCAACAUGACCGUAACACUCACUGUUGUGGCCACAGGAUACCUGAGUGGCACACACAUUACAGCUGAAAUUAGUGAUGUAGAGCCAGAGAGUGGGAGAAAACAGCAGCCCCUCUCACUGACUUUUCCUCAGGGAACACAGAUUCCUGCACAAGACCAGAACAAGAACUCAACAGGGAUAAUUGAAAAAGAAACAACC